AUGUAUAAUCAACGAAAUAAUAACGCCCAAAUGGAUAAUGAUGGCCAAGGGUUAAUUCAACCAAGAUUUCAUCGUGCACGAAAUUUCUAUCGCAAACGACCUGGUAGUGGACGACAAAACCAAGAUUUAGGUGAAGAUGAAUAUCGAGCAUCAAAUGAUGAUGACACACAACGAUCGAAUAAUUCUGAUGAUAAUAACAAUCAAGAUAAUGAUAACAUGAAUAACUUUCGUGGUCGUAGUCGUGGUAACUGGGGAGGUUUUCAACGCGGUCGUGGUCGGGGACGAUUUAAUCGUGGUCGACCGUUCUAUGGAAACUUUCGUCGAGAGUUUUCACCUUAUUCAAAUUAUGUCAAUGGGCCGGGGGAAAAUUAUGGACCUGAAGAAAACUACGGACCCGGAGAUAACUAUGGACCUGGAGGUAACUAUGGACCUGAAGGCAAUUAUGGACCUCCUCGUGGAUACUAUGGUGUUCCAGCUCCAUUCUACGGUCCACCAUUUCGUGGUCGUGGUUAUCAGUCAGGAGGUAAUUAUGGUCCAGGUGGUGACCUAUCUGAACAAGAUGGUGGUAAUGAUUUUCCAAUGCGUGGCAAUUACCGAGGUUUUCGUCGUGGUCGUGGACGCGGACGUGGAGGACGUCGUGGCUCAGGACGAGGACGAAUUACUCAGAAUGAAAAUGCUGAUAAUAACAACGAAAAAGAGAAUCAAAAUGAUCAACCACAAGGUGAUACUACUGAAAAUAAUGCAAAUAACAAGGGAAGACGUAAUUCUAACCGUCGCCGACGUCUAAGACGGACAAACGACGAAGGUUCUGGAGCCGAACAACAAAAUGAUGGUGCUGCGACUGAUGAUCAACAAAACGAAGAAAAUAAAGGCUCAUCCAAUCAGCAACAAAAGCGAUCGAAUCGUCGAAGACAUCGUAAUACCAAUGCUAGUCACAGUGGUGGAGAGACUGAAGAACAACAACCUCACAAACCCAAAGAUGAUGAAACAAUUGUUAAAAAUGUUGUUCGUAAUAUGGUUAGUAAAAUAGCUCGUCGUUUAGCACCAAGAAAUCGCCGACGAAGUCGACCUAAUAAUAAAGAAGCCGGCGCACACAAUGAAAAUCAACAAGACGAUCAUCAAGAUAACGCUGAUGUUGAUCAAACAAGAACAGGAAAUCCACGCCGUGGUCGUGGUCGACGUGGUGGUCCUCGUGGCGGUGGCGGUUAUUUCAUUGAACAAGGCUAUUAUGAUCCAUAUGGUAUGUCGCCGUAUUACUAUGGAAAUUAUUAUGGUUAUGGUGGACGAGGAUAUCGUGGACGUGGUCGUGGUCGAGGAGGUCGUGGCCGUGGACGUUUCCGUCAGCGAGGAGGAUAUAACAAAGAGAAUCAACAACCUCACGAUGAUCAACAAAAUAACAGUGAAGAAGGAAAAAACGUAGAAUCAAAUUCAGCCGGUGAUGUUGCUCCAGUUCAACAUCAACAAAGUAAAACAGCAGCAGCUGAACAAGUCAAUCAAACUACAGCAUCGGGUGACUCCAGAGAACCGUAG